CCCUGCAAGACUCCUAGAACCUAAUCAUGGAUUUCCACAAUAUGUUGUUGGUGUUCUCAGUCGUGAUACUGUCUGCUCAAAGCCUCACCAGCUCUGCAGUUCCAGAAAGGGUGGCCUACAAAGCCCUCCUUGAUAAAGUGGCUAAUGCGGAUAUGCUACCCGAAGGCCAAGCAAGCAUGGUCUUAAACGUGAGGGACCUACUUUUGAAAAAAGCAAGAUAUGCCAAGGACUGCAAUGAACUCUUACAACAAGGUUUCAAGGACAGUGGUCUCUAUGUCAUCCAGCCACAACCAGUACAAGGCGCACCCGCGAUUGUGGUGAACUGUGAAAUGGAAUAUGACUGUGGUGGAUGGACAUUGCUGGAACAGAACUCCAGACAAAGCCCGCUGACGUGGAACGAAACUUGGACCACAUACGAGUUUGGGUUUGGAAAUGCUCUGGCUGACCAUUACCUUGGCAACCUUUACAUCCAUUACUUAACCAGCCAAAUGUGGUAUAAAGCAAGAGUAGUUUUGGAUCAGGCAAACGAGGCUAAUCAAAUUAUUCGUAGAUACGCAGAGUAUGACAUGUUCCGGGUCGGUUCAUCACUCACUGGCUACAAACUAGAUCUUGGUGGCGAAAUGUCUGUUUUUAAUAACCUGUAUGAUAAUUUGCCAUUUAGUACAUGGGAUCGGGAUUCAGAUCAGGAUUCAGCUAACUGUGCACUGAAGUAUGGUGGGGGGUGGUGGUUUAAUACUUGUGCUUCUGAUACCCCCUAUGCUAUGUUGACCCAAAAACAGUCCAUUCAUUGGGAGCCCUUUUGCAAGAAAUGUACUCGAGUCCAAAUCAUGGUCAGACCUGUCAACCUGCAUUGCUUCACAUGAGGAAAGAUGUCCAGAUACUAAUUGUAUUUCAAACUGCAAUGAUCUGUGCAUUUAGUUACUGGAACAAUGCAAUGUUUGAUUCUCUUGGUAUAGUAUAGGAAUAAACUUCAUUAAAGCACCUGUGACGGAAGCUAUUUUUUGUCUUGUUGACUAAUGUGUGUGCAAGUGUCUGAUCCACAAAAACAAAUAAGAUGGGUACACGUUGAUUACACCGCACAAAGAUGACUGCUAAUUGAUUGGUCCUAACAAGGGAGGCUGCUAAUUGACCUGACCUUACAAAGAUGGCUGAAAAUUGACUUGAACUUAGAAACAUAGAAAAUUGGUACAGGAGGAGGCCAUUCGGCCCUUCACGCCAGCACCGCCAUUCAUUGUGAUCAUGGCUGAUCGUACCCAAUCAAUAACCCGUGCCUGCCUUCUCCCCAUAUCCUUUGAUUCCACUAGCCCCUAGAGCUCUAUCUAACUCUCUCUUAAAUCCAUCUAGUGACGGCUUCCACUGCCCUCUG